UAGAAAGCUGGCAUGGUGAGGACUGCGAUGGUUCUGAACACUGCAUAUGCAAAAACCAAGAUAAAUUAUCAAAGACGGAUAUCAACACUGUGUUUUUGGAUCUUAAUGAUGAUGAGAAGAAAAUUUACAAAACUUUUAAAAGGGAAUCGCUAUGGACAAUAGGACAUAUUUGGAAUAAAAUGGAAAUUAUCAAUCUUAUAGACAAGGAUCCAACUAAACCUGGAAACAUAACCAGUGCCAAUGCAGCUGGGGAGGAAUUGAAUAAGACAUUUGAAUCACUGACCUUAGAGACAAGUAUUGACAUGGCUGAGGCUGACCCAUUGACAGAUGUAGAUAAAAGUAUGGAAUCGUUAUCCUUAAAUGAAGAUGAGGAAGAGCUAGUAGAUAAAAGUAUGGAAUCGUUAUCCUUAAAUGAAGACGAGGAAGAGCUUGUAAAUAUCAUACAUGAGACAGGAGAAAGCGACAGUGAUGGGGAGUUAAGCCUACCUGAAAUGCCAUCUCCAAAUUUGUCAAUGAUAGAAAGUGAUUCGGAUACCAUUAGUUUGGAAGAUUAUGAGUUACAACUUGAAGAUGAUACUGAAAAUAUCCUAGAAAUUGAAAUGUUACUCAGAGCUGUAAACAACUCAGAUAGUCAGAAAGGAACGGAGAGUGAUGAUAGACAACGUCCUGAAAAAGCAUCUAGUGGUGAAAAUAACCAAUUAGAGGAAUCUGAAAACAACCAUGAAAGUGUAGAGACCACAUCUGUUGGUGAUGGUGAUGGGAACAGCCCAUUUAGAAUAUUUUUGCCAAGGCCAAUAUUAACCAGACAUCCACCACCUGCAUCAGGUCGUGAUGAUGAUAUUAAUGUCUUAAGAAGUGUAUUAGAUGACAUUCUAUUAAAACUUGAAAUUUCAAAGACAAAUGAGAGAGUUCUUUUUGCACCAGAUUUCAAAAUAGCUAACAAUCUCUUUAAACUAAUGGACAGCAACCCAAAAUAUCAAGCCUUUUUACCAGAAUUUCCUGUUCUACAUUUACGAAAGUCAAAAAUUACAAAUCUAAUAUCCGCUUACAAAGAUUCAGGACUAAUUCAUAUACUCCAGUAUAUGAAAGAUGACGAAAAUGAAAAGGACUGGGCUAAACUGUUAACAAUUGCAAAUAUUGAGACAGCAACAAGAAACAUAUGGAGACUUUCAACUGCAAUCCAUGUAACACUUUGUAUUGCUUUUUUGAAGAGUUUACCAAACAAUGAAGCUCAAACCUUACUGAGAUUGUUUGAAAGUUCAUCUUCCACACAGACAUUUGAUGACCAGUUUGGAAAUAAAAUUGAAGAUUUUAUAAAGGUGUCAUGCGAACAGAAUGCAACAUUUUGCCUGCAUCAUGAGAUUAUGAUACAUUGUGAUGAGAUAGUUGCAAUAGGCAUCUCUGAGAGAAUAGGAGGGACAGAUGGACAUAAUUUGUUGUUAGCAAGUGUUAAGUCAUCACUACCAUUUUCAUUUUUGAAUGGUGCAUCGAGCUAUGCUGGCUUUUGUUCAAGAUUAUUACUGGAGCAUUAUCAAGCUGGAUUGUUUCAUAAGAAUUUUAAGCAAUCAAUGUACACUUUGCCCUACGAUGAUAGCAACGUAAAUUUUGGUUUGGACACCUUGAGGGAAAUUGAUCACAGAUCUGCAAAGAAGUGUAUCCGACCUGGAUCAACACUUGAAACCCUACUGCCAAAAAUGUCAACUGUUGAUAAACAAAAACAACUUCAUGCAGUCAGGAAAUCUAUUGUAUGUGGCCAAACAGUCGGAGAUGAUGACAUCGAUAAAGUUGAUAACAAGGCAGUAAAGUCUUCCGCUUCAAAAUAUUUAGGAAAGAAACUGUCUGCAUCUGACAAAGAACACAUUGAAAGGACUAUUAAGCUUAUGCUAAGACAAAAUGCAUUUCAUACUGAAAAAGACUUAAUUCCAAGAAAUAUCUACCAUUCAAAUCUCCCAGAAGUAUCAACUGUAAUACUGGAUAAAAACACAUAUGAUGUAGGAAGAUACCUAAUAAAAAGGUUUGCAUGUGACAAAAAAUAUCUGGAUUUGACACAGGAAGAUUAUCCUUCCUUGGAGGAUAUGAAUGGACCUAAAGAGCUGAUAAGCCGUGUAAAAAGGAAUCAGAGUGUAACUAUCAAAAGAACAACAUGUAAACCAAAAAACAAACCAAAAACAGACAGAGAUCGGGAAGAAAAGCAGCGAACAGCAAAAGUAAAAAAACUAUCUAAAGUAAUUGACUGCAUGUCCUCAAGCAAGAACACAUGCCAAGCUGUUUUGAAACCUGAUGGGUCCAAAAAUAUGACAAACAAAUCAGCAGGGGUAAAGAAAGCCUUAAUAAAUCUUAUAAAAAGAUGUCUGCAAAGUGAUACAGCAACAAAUCCGAAACUUGACAGUAGUAACACGGAACUAAACAACUUAAUACUUACUGAUUUCACUACACUUCCACUUGCAAUACAACAGUCUGGAGUUAUAUCUAUCGUGGAAUUUGCUGGAACCAAAUUCAAAGUGUUUGCAACAUCUGGACAACAAUACUUAAAUUAUAUUUCGAAUGGAAUUGUAAAGAAGUUGUUGAAUUAUCUUCCUAACUUGGAGCGCAUAAUAAUAUGUGAGGAAAAAUAUGCAUUUACACCUAAUGACUUUAAAGCCAACACCAGACAGAAACGUAAGCAGAAAGAGAAGGUUACAAUAUCCCACUUAAAAGAAGACCAAGAAAUUGUUAGUUCAGAAAAUUUUAGCAAACAAGCAGUGGUUGGUACAAUGGCUGGAAAAAUUCUAAUAAGCCGAUACUUAGCAACACAAAUGGAACAUUUAAAGAUCAAAGCUGACUUAGAGAUUAAUGUUGAUAGCGAAGCCUAUACAUCAAAAUGCAACUGCCAAAAAGAACAUGACGAAAGCUGUUCAAGGUACACAAUACCAGUACGAGUGAUGUAUAACAAACAGACCGGAUACGUUAAGGAAGGAUUUAUAGAUGAAGUAAAACAAAGAAAGGGAGAGGCUGAAAUGGCCCAGGCAGACUGGUUACUGGAUGCUGACAUACAAAAAAGCUUAGGUAACGGCAAAUGUGUAGUUAACUAUGUUACAUCAGCUGACAUUGACACUGUAGUCAUACACAUAUUAGCAGUUAGCCAGUUCUGGCCAAGGAAUGAAGACAACACUUUUAAAUAUCCUGUGUAUCUUAUACUUCAGAAGAAGAAACCAGAGUUAUUUAACAUUACUGGACUGUUGACACUUUUUGAAAAAACAUACAACAGAGAUAUCGGGCUAACUAUAGCAUGCGUCCUGUCUAUGGGUGGUAAUGACUUUUUGCCAAACUUUCAUGGGAUUUCUCAUGAUAGUUUAUUAUCAGAGGUCUUGAAAGAUGAAGACUUGCGCAACAACUUAGUGACUGUGUCUAGAGACGAACAUCAACUUCAUCUAAGCAAACGAUUCCUUCUCAACACAAACAUGUACAUCUGUCUAUACAAACGAAUGUAUUGUCCCUCAAAUCUAAAAAAUGAGUUACUAUUACUCGAGGAAAUACGGCAACUUUCAAUAAAACCUCCCGAUAAAGACUUUAAACAUCCCCAAAACUGGAUGCCACCAAAGACAGCCUUACAGCAAUUAGGGAAAUUAGUACAAUGUCAACUGGAUUACUUUGAAACAAUAGGACAUCAUGAGGCAUCUUUACCCAACUUUAUUUCCAAAGGUUGUUUAAGCAAACUCGACGAUGGAUCUAUUCAGAUUGAACUGGGAUCGGACACAUUUAUCCAAGAUCAAAAAUCACUUAUCACAAUAGAAGAAAAUACACUCAAGGAGAAACUGAGACAAUGCCAACAGUCAGACAACAAAAAGAGCAGAGCAACAAAACGGAGGUUACUGGACACACCACAGAAAGGGAAAAGUGGCAAAAGGGUACAGACACAAUCUACUCCAAGAAAAUUGAAGACUACAGAUUAAAACUGAGAAACAAAUUAAUGCGGUGGACAUAAUCCUUCUUUGUGUAUUUAUCAUAAUUUGACUUGUAUUGUGAUUUAUUUUUCUGUGUAACACUUUAAAACCGAAAAUGUAAUUAUUAAAACAUCGUCUGCUACUAUAAACAUAUUGUUUGUGUUACAUAUGUUAUCAGCAAUAGAGGUACAGCUUAUCUCAGUAUGGGUCACAUUCCUAGUGCAAUUAGAAUUGUCA